AAAAUAAUCAUCUAGGAUAUCCGUAAUGAAUAUCUACUUAAUGAAGUGAUACGUGUGAAACGUAUCGCCACGAAGUCGGUGUUUUAUACGAAUACCGUGAUGCUAACAAGAUGAUAAAAUGAAUCGCACUGAAGGCUUGGUGCAACGAAAACACGUCGUCAAAGAAAAUUCCGAUGGCUCUAUAAAAGAAAAUCAGGAUGCAGAUGAUAAGAAAAAUGAUAAAAUAUUUGAUGACGGAGAUUCAAAGGAAACCCGAUUAACAUUGAUGGAAGAAGUUUUACUUUUAGGACUAAAGGAUAAAGAAGGUUAUACAUCAUUUUGGAAUGACUGUAUUUCUAGUGGACUUAGAGGUUGCAUUUUGAUUGAAUUGGCAUUACGAGGUCGCAUAGAAUUAGAAAGAAUUGGUAUGAGGCGUAAAGGUUUAUUGUCAAGAAAAGUUAUAGUAAAAAGUGACACACCUACUGGUGAUGUACUAUUAGAUGAAGCCCUAAAACACAUGAAGGACACAGACCCUCCAGAAACAGUACAAAGCUGGAUAGAAUACCUCAGUGGUGAAACAUGGAAUCCAAUGAAGCUUAAAUAUCAAUUGAAAAAUGUCCGAGAAAGGCUUGCCAAAAACCUAGUUGAGAAAGGAGUUUUAACAACUGAAAAGCAAAAUUUCUUGCUAUUUGAUAUGACAACUCACCCGCUCACAGACAAUGUCAUUAAAUGCCGCUUAGUUAAAAAGGUACAAGAAGCGGCGCUGCGUCGUUCAAUAACAGACGUGGCUCACGCGGACAAAAGAUCGCUCGCGCUCUUAAUGCUUGCACAUUCCGCUGACGUAUUGGAAAACGCGUUCGGACCACUCUCAGAUGAAGACUACGAACUAGCCACGCGGCGUGUACGCGCAUUAUUAGAUCUAGACUUCGAGGCUGAAGCUAUGCGCCCAGAGGCGUGCGAUAUCAUGUGGGCAGUGUUCGCCGCGUUCACCAAAUAGCAGUAAAUGAAUAGGAAUCAUGUUCCAAAUUCAAAAUUAUUUCUUUUAGUGACAAAAUAGACUAUUGUGAAAAAUCACAAAUUCGUAUAUACGUCAAACCAGUAUUAAAUUCUAAUAGACGUCUUGAGAGAUUAUUUAUCCAGUGUUUCGAUAAAUCUUUCUCUAACUGCGUGUUAAGAGUAAGACACCUGUUUAAUUCAAACUUGAAAGUAUACUUCAAUGAUUAUCCUGAAACUACUUUUGGCAAAAAUUCGACGUUGGACAGAAUUAUUAUUAUUGCCCGGAGGUCUAAUCUGUUAAAAUAAUGUCUUGAGUAAAAAUGUAGUUCUGUCAUUCUUUUCACUACAACCUCUUUUAAAACUUCAAGAUCAAGACAACGUCUUGACAACGACAUUGACUGAAGCAUAUAGCGCUCCUCUCGUUAGAAGCCUUAGCACGUUAUUGAAUUUUUUUUGAGAGUUUAAAUCCAUACAAAUUUUAAUAGUUGACACGUAUUUGCUUCGAGUAAUGCAUCUUCAUUAUUUUUAGUUUCCUAUACGCGCUCUGAGCGCCUACGUUUUUUUUAUACAAAAAUCUAUAGUUUCUUUUAUAUUGCGAUAGGUCUUCGAUUUAACGUAUUGUUCGUGCUUAGGCUUCUUAUAAUACAAAGGUUAGAUGUUUUAAUUCCUAUCUCUGCGCCCCACGUCUCAUACAAUUUAAAUACCUAGAUGUGGCACAAAGUGUGUGACCCCAUAUGAAUAGUGGAGGAUUUGUUAUGAAUUUAUAUCCUUAAGUGUGCUAGGUUUUUGUUAAUAUAUUUUUGUAUAUAAUAUAAACAUUGUACGUGUAAUCCUCUUUUUUUCGUAUCUAUAGGUAUAUUGUUUUUAUACUAUUGUUAAAUUAUCUAUGUUUAGUAUUUUCAUUCGGGUAAUUUAAUGUAAAGUUAUUGUAAAUUGGCCAUAUAAUAUAAUGGUUUCUAAAUGCAUUAAAUAUUUUAAAAAUAGUGUAUUAUUUUUAUUAAAAAAUGCUUAAAUGACACAUACAAAAAUAUUCUACUAUUUCUUCUUCUAUCUUGAGCUGUUCCUAAGAGAUAACAUGCUAAUUUAACAAUGAACUUAUAUUCACUAGAGUACAAAGCCCACAUUGAAUCUGACCUUUAUAUCAUAUAUUAUUAUAUAACACAUUUAAAAUAUGAAUAUUUAAUUUAGGUUAAUUUCUUCUUAAUGUUCUUUAAAGUCUGCAUUAAUUAUAUUAAUUAAUUUGUUACAUUAAUCAAUAGAAUUAAAAUUAUCGUGUAGUUAAAAUAACCGGAGGUUACAUGUGCGUAGUCUUUUAGUUAAAAUUAAUAUCGAAAUGGGACUAGAUAUGAAUAAUUAUUUAAACCGGAUAUAAAUCGAGAUAAAAUUAUUACCGGAAGUAUGUUACGAUUUUUUUUGUAUUACCUAUUACGCCAUUAUUUAUAGACUAGAUAAGAUUUAUUUAGGAUUUGAAGUAUAUAUAUAUAUAUAUAUCCUCCUAGUAAGUCGCUACAUAAAAUUAACGUUAUUGGUAAAAUAUAUGUUGUAUAUUUAUGAAAUUAUGUGCGAGUAUAAAAGCACUCAAUUAUUACAAUAUGCGACGAAUAUUUUUAUUUCACUAAGCAAUAAAAUAAUAUAGUACUGUUUGUCUUUAGUUUUAACUGUUGAUAGCUUUUUUAAUGCAUUCCUGUUGCUUACAUUUUUACAUUAAAUACCUAUUUUCUUUGUUUAC